UCCCUUUUAGUGCUCUUUCCUAUACAUGUGCUCGCACCCAAACCGUCUCCCUUUCCCCUAAGCAGACACUCUCUGUUCUUUCUUCUUGUCUCUAAACUCAGGCCAAUUACAACUGAGAAAAACAACACCUUGGUUAAGAAAACAUAUAUUUUUCUCAGGACACCCUUCACUAUCUCUCUGUCUUCAUUGAAACUAUACAUUUUCUGCAUUAGAAGAUUGGAAUUGUAGCCGGUAAAGAACCAUAAGUCACCCACCCGUCUUUAUAUCAGCUAAAACAAUAUGGAACUCCAAAAGCUAUCAAAUGGCCUCCACCAUGGCUUUGUCCCUUUCGAAGAUAGCAUCCCGCAGGCAGAAGAGGAAGAGGAGAUGUUACCACGUAAGAGUGAUGGGACCAAGAAGCCCCAGUUUACAGAUUUUGAGGGGAAAACCUCUUUCGGAAUGUCCGUCUUUAACCUAAGUAACGCCAUCAUGGGAAGUGGAAUUCUGGGAUUGUCAUACGCCAUGUCAAACACAGGCAUCGUUCUCUUUAUAAUCCUGUUGAUAUGUAUCGCCUGUCUGUCCAGCUACUCGGUUCACCUUCUCCUUAAGAGUGCUGGAGUUGUGGGUAUUCGUGCGUAUGAACAGCUGGGUUUCCGUGCUUUUGGACACCCGGGAAAAAUAGCAGCGGGAGUCAUUAUAACCUUUCAUAACAUCGGCGCAAUGUCCAGUUACCUCUUCAUUGUGAAGUAUGAGUUGCCUCUGGUCAUUCAAGCCUUCCUGGGCUUGUCAUCGAACACUGGAGAGUGGUUCCUGAACGGGAAUUACCUCAUCAUCAUCGUCAGUGUGUGCAUCAUCCUUCCACUUGCCCUGAUGAGACAAUUGGGGUAUUUGGGUUACACCAGUGGCUUCUCCCUCACCUGCAUGGUCUUCUUCCUUUCCUCGGUCAUAUACAAGAAGUUCAACAUCCCCUGCCCCCUGGUGCCAUAUGGCAGAAAUCACACAACAAUCAUCAACACCACCGUGGAAGAGGGACAGUGCGAAGGCAGAAUGUUCACCAUCAACCAGGAGACGGCGUAUACCAUCCCCAUCUUAGCGUUCGCCUUUGUUUGUCACCCCGAGGUGCUUCCCAUCUACACUGAACUGAAAAAUGCCACCAAAAGGCGUAUGCAGGAUAUUGCUAAUGUGUCCAUCAUGGGCAUGUUCGUCAUGUACCUCCUCACCGCUGUUUUUGGUUACCUCACCUUCUACGUGAACACAGAAUCUGAGCUCCUGCACACCUACAGCAAAGUGGACCCUCUGGACACACUUAUCCUGUGUGUGCGUGUGGCCGUACUGGUGGCAGUCACCCUUACUGUCCCUGUGGUUCUCUUCCCUAUUCGCAGAGCCAUUCUCCAGCUCCUGUUCCCAGCGAAACCCUUCCACUGGGCACGCCACAUCACCAUCGCCCUGUGUCUCCUCUUCGUGGUCAACGUGCUUGUCAUCCUUGUGCCCAACAUCCGAGACAUCUUUGGCAUCAUUGGGGCCACCACUGCACCUAGCCUGAUCUUCAUCCUCCCAGGAUUAUUCUACAUUCGCAUUGUUCCCACUGAACAAGAACCAAUGAAGUCAAGACCAAAGAUCACGGCUGCCUGUUUCACAGCCAUGGGCUUCAUCUUCAUGUCUAUGAGCCUGACGUUUAUCAUCAUCGACUGGACAACCGGAGAGAAACGAGCUGGAGGUGGACAUUAGACCACAUCCAUUGACGAUAAGGGUCCAAACGCCACACAGCAGCACGCCCUGUCGCCGUGCCACUUCUCAAUCCCGUCUGGAUUGUAAGAAGGAUCAAACACCGUCGAAAGGCUGGACCCACAUGAUCAUGAGUCUUACCAUACCACAACGAUGGUAAGACCAUUUCCCCACCAAUUCAAAUCAAAUGGACAUGCUACACGUCAAUGGAGGCAAGUCUUUGAGGAACCCAGUGAUGUCACUUUCUUUGUGGUAGGAGUUCUAGGCAGUGUCAGAGGAGCUGAUGAGGGUGUUGCCUGUGGAAACCCCUAAACCACUACUUGCUGCCUGUGUAAAAAGCCAUUAAAAAAGUGACAGAGAUAGAAGAGGGGAGGGGUUCAUUUUCUCUAUGCAAGGGGACUUGAUCUCUUGAACAGUCAGUCCUUAGCUACCCAACUGCCAAACAAUUCACCCCAGGUUCGUUUCUCGAUCAAAUAUCGGCUGUGGUUUAAUCAACCAGCUUUAAGGAGAAGAGAAGAACAUGUUCUUCUAAAAGGGAUUUACUUUUAUGACAUUACCCUGUCUGUGAACCCCUAGAUUUGGUUGUUGAACAUCAUUUCAGCAACAUUUGUUGAGGUAAUUGACCAAGUUGUGGGACUGGUAGUGUCCAGUUUUUUUCUCAGAAGCUGCAGACCAUUAUAAACCAAAUGAGCCAAGAAUGAUAAAUUAAACACUUUUCUGUAUGGUUUACCUAUUUAUAUUUUAUCAUGUUGCUUCGUGCCAAAUAAUGUAUUUACUCAAAUGUUCCAGUUAUCAUGGAGCAACCAGUCUUUUCUGUAUCUCUAUUAGAAUGAGAAAGAUAUAGUUAAUAUUUUUAGCUAUCUAAUUUCAUCAUUCUUUAGAAUCAGUCUCUUCAAGAUAUUGCAAGUUUGGCUUUGAAAUCUGUUGGACACUAUGUCUUCAAUUUGGUAUCCCAUCUAGUCUUCACCACAAUAUUCAGAACAAUGAAAUUACACGUUUCAAAACGCAUAAUGAGCAUACUGAACAAAACAACUGUGAACCCAAAAUACUUUGUACAGUAUAAUUAUCAUACGUUCUCCUUUUGUGAAAAAGUUUUAUGCUGGUGUUAUGCAAAUAGGGAAUCCGCAAUAAUGUCUCUGUAUAUUUGACAUCCAACAAAGCAAUGAGGCAAUAAUGAAGAAGCGAGUGCCAUACAAACUGAAUGAUGACAUUCAGCUGUGUCUAAUUUGACAUGUACGGUCUGUGCAGAUUUUCAGUUCAUGUCCCUGCUUAUAAUGAUUUGUAUAGUGGAGACUGAGGUAAAGCUAUUGAAUAAGGUCAAAUAUUGACAUACAAGCAAUAGAUAAUGUGGAGCAAGAGGAUCUCGGAGCCCAUUUGGGUGGCUGAAUGUUUGUUUAGGAAGGACAAGGCUGAGUGUCUUGGAGACAUCGUUACAAAAAGGUGAUAGCUUUUUGUAAUGUCACCAGCCUACUAUCUGUUGCUAAGCACAUUUGUGUUUGACAUGGCACCAUUGUCAAUUAUAUUCUAUUUUCAAUAAAGACGAAUGGUUGUCAGUA